GAAAGUCUCCUCCCACUCAUUCUUCUUCUUCAUCUACCCACUUUCGAUAGAAAGCAUAAUCCCUACCACAGACUCAGAACGGUGCACAGGAGCAAUGAUCCUUCAAUUGCUCUCUCUGUCUCUCAUCCUCUACGUCUCCCCUUUCUUCCUCACCCAAUCUUUAUCUGCCACCCUCUCUCUGGGCUCCACACUUCUUGCCUCUAACACCAACCAGGCUUGGACCUCCCCGAAUUCAACCUUUUCUCUCUCCUUUGUCUCUGUUGGUGCUUCCUCCUACGCCGCCGCCAUCACCAACUCCGGCGGAGCCGCGGUCAUCUGGACAGCUGGUGGGGACAACGGAACCGUUGACUCUGGUGGGUCCCUUCAAUUGCUCUCCAGCGGACUACGCCUUACCAACGGCUCCGGCGCCACCGUCUGGGAAUCCAGCACGGCCAACCGUGGAGUCUCCUCCGCGUCUCUGACCGAUUCCGGUGAACUGCUGCUAAGCAAUGCUAGCGCCACUGUCUGGUCCUCCUUCGAUCACCCAACUAAUGCUAUCGUUCCGUCGCAAAAUUUUACUUCGGGUAUGGUUCUCCGAUCUGGGUUGUACUCGUUUUUUCUUCUGAGUUCAGGUAAUCUCACUUUGAGAUGGAAUAAUAGUAUUGUGUAUUGGAAUCAGGGGUUGAACUCGUCAAUAAUAAAUGCUAAUUUAAGUUCGCCGAGUUUAGGAUUGCAGAGUACUGGGAUUUUGUCGAUCUUUGAUUCUAAUUUGAUUGGUGGGACGAUAAUAGCAUAUAGUAGUGAUUAUGCAGAAGGGAGUAAUAUAUUGAGAUUCUUGAAGUUGGAUAGUGAUGGGAAUUUGAGGAUUUAUAGUUCUGAUGGGGGUAGUAACACUAAGACUGAGAGAUGGGCAGCAGUUACUGAUCAGUGUGAGGUUUUUGGUUUCUGUGGAAACAUGGGGAUUUGUAGUUACAAUGAUACUAAUCCAAUUUGUGGAUGCCCGUCCCAGAAUUUUGAGCCUGUUGAUGUGAAUGAUAGAAGACAAGGGUGCAAGAGGAAAAUGAAGAUUGAGGAUUGUCCGGGGAGUGCAACUACGUUAGAAUUGCCGCACACUAAGUUUUUGACUUACCAACCUGAGCUAUCUUCCGAGACUUUCUUUGUGGGGAUAUCAGCUUGUAGAUUGAAUUGUCUUGUGAGUAGUUCCUGUGUUGCUUCCACUUCUUUGUCAGAUGGAACGGGGCUGUGUUACUUAAAAACGCCAGAUUUUGUUAGUGGUUAUGAGAGUCCUGCACUUCCUAGCACUUCUUAUGUCAAGGUUUGUGGACCAGUUUCACCAAACCCACCUCCUUCUUGGGAGACUGCAAAGAAAAGUUGGAGGCUGCAGGCAUGGAUUAUAGUGGUUGCGAUUGUGGCUACCCUUUUUGUUUUGAUUGCAUUGGAAGGUAGUUUGUGGUGGUGGUGUUGUAGGAAUAGUCCUAAAUUUGGGGCUCUAUCAGCCCAAUAUGCACUUCUUGAGUAUGCAUCUGGUGCACCUGUUCAGUUCUCCUACAAGGAGCUGCAGCGCUCAACCAAAGGAUUUAGAGAGAAGCUUGGAGCUGGAGGAUUUGGGGCUGUCUAUAAAGGAGUUCUUGCUAACAGAACAGCUGUUGCAGUGAAGCAACUGGAAGGGAUUGAGCAGGGCGAGAAACAAUUCAGAAUGGAGGUUGCCACAAUUAGUAGCACCCACCAUUUGAAUUUAGUGAGAUUGAUUGGUUUUUGCUCUGAGGGUCGUCAUAGGCUUUUGGUAUACGAGUUCAUGAAGAAUGGGUCUCUAGAUAACUUCCUUUUUGCAACAGAUGAGCACUCAGGAAAGAUGUUAAAUUGGGAGACUCGAUUUAAUGUUGCUCUCGGAACUGCCAGAGGGAUCACAUACCUUCAUGAGGAGUGUCGAGACUGCAUUGUUCACUGUGAUAUAAAGCCUGAGAAUAUCCUUUUGGAUGAAAAUUACAAUGCCAAGGUGUCAGAUUUUGGCCUGGCUAAACUCAUAAACCCAAAGGACCAUAGACACCGAACCUUGACAAGUGUCAGAGGGACAAGAGGGUAUCUGGCACCAGAAUGGCUUGCAAAUCUUCCAAUAACUUCAAAAUCUGACGUUUAUAGUUAUGGAAUGGUUUUGCUGGAGAUAGUGAGUGGAAGAAGGAAUUUUGAAGUUUCAGCAGAGACAAAUAGGAAAAAGUUCUCUGUGUGGGCUUAUGAAGAAUUUGAGAAAGGUAACAUGGAGGGAAUUCUUGACGGGAGGCUUGGUGAUCAAGAUGUGGAUAUGGAGCAGGUCCUUAGGGCAAUCCAGGUUAGCUUUUGGUGCAUCCAGGAACAACCAUCUCAGAGACCAAUGAUGGGCAAGGUAUUGCAGAUGCUAGAGGGAAUCACAGAUGUUGAGAGACCACCAGCACCAAAGGCUGUCACCGAAGGUUCUCUUAGUGGGACCAGUAUAAAUAUGAGCAGUAACAUCAGUGCUCUCUCAACUUUUGCAGCUUCAGCACCAGCCCCCUCUUCAUCUUCAUCAUUGCAAACUCCAGGGGUGUCAUCUAUUGUUUCAGGAAGGAAUACAGAGAAGGCAUCUUCUUCCCUGCUAGAAUCAGAGACAAAAUGAAGUCCACAAUCAGACAUCAAAAGUUCCCCACAAAAAUUGACCCUGGAUUGGUAACUCUCUAAAUCUGCAUUUCACAUGAAGUCAAUGGGGUUAACUUGGUGCCGAUAUGAUACAAUUGUUGAUGAUGUUGAAAUGAUAUCUUGUAAAAAUUUGUCAGCCAUAGCAAAUGAUUUUGUCAAGAUGGUGCUUCACUGUUUUAGGUUAAUUGUUGAAUUCCAUUUCCUUCAGACAUGUGGUUAGUAAUGUCGCAACCAACGUAUACUCUAACUUGGGAUCAAUAUGAAUAUUGGAAAUGUUUACACUACCAAGAAAUUUUCCAGUUGAAGUGCUUGGAUAUCCAGAGGAAUUGUAUAAACCUGUUAAAUCCCCUGUUAGUUCUUCUAGUAAGAAGAACAAAAGCAACAUAGGGAAGGAGCCUGUUGUUUUAUGCGGUUUAUUGGAAAAUCCUUCUGCACUGCCCUUGUUUUUACCAUUUCACUUACCAGGGCAACAAUAUAAAAACCGCUGCUUGCA